AUGUUUACACAAAAAUUACCGAAUUCGAAAGAGACAGAUCAUCUGAAGAGUGCGCAAGAAGAUGCCUUCGCCAAGGUAAAUGCACUUCUUUUCAAUGAUAUAAGCGCGAAAUUUAAGGCGUAUCCAUCAAUGGAUAUGACCGCUCUACUAGAACAAAAACGCAAAACAUACUCUGCUUUACGGAAAGCAUUCGGUGAUGAAGCUGUGCAAUCAGCAAUCUCUGCAUCAGAUGCUUCACACACUGAACCGACGGUGGAAUCUCCCGAUGUAAGGGAUUGUUUCCAAAUCCCAGCAGAUGUGAAGGUUGUUCAACCGUUAAAAAAGACUGUGCUCCAAGCAGUACAGACAGGUUCAUUUUCUGGUCAAACCGAUCCAGAUUCAUCCGCCAUUAUUGGGGGACUCAACAGGCUACUAGCUUCCUGUGAGAUCGUCUGGCACCUAGGAUCAACCGCGGUGUUGGGCCUCAACUCAGAACUCAUUGUGAAAGUUGGGUAUGACAUCGAUAUCAAUCACAUACACACUCUGGAUUAUAUUAAGCAGCAGGCGCCGGAUACUCCAAUCCCGGAGAUCCAUGGCAUUCUCCAACAAUCAGACAGCAAGCGCAUCUUCCUGUUCAUGUCGCAACUCCCUGGCGAGCCUUUGGACAGCAAAUGGAGACUCUUGAACACAGACCAGAAAACCUCAAUAAAAGUGCAGCUGGGAGCUAUUGUCAAGAACUUCAGGUCCAUUCCCGCUCCACCAGCUGAAGAGGCCAAUGCAGUGCUUGGUGGCGGCAACCCUCGUCGGUGUAAAGACACGCGAAGACAAGUUCGCAUUGCAACAGGACCUAUAAGUAAUGAAAUCGAAUUCAAUCAAUUCCUUGUUUCAAAUUCAACACGGUCCGAGUGUGAUGGAAUAGCCAUGAUAAAAUCUUACCUUGACACCAACCAUAAGAUUGUGAUGACCCAUGGUGAUCUCCAUCCUCGAAACAUCAUGGUAACCAUCAAUCCGCGAUCCUCCGACCGAGAUGGAGGUGAGGUGUCCUUUCAAAAAGCACUCGACACAACAACUGGGACGAGCGAUCUAUCAAAUUCUCAAGUGACAGUCACAGGUAUUCUUGACUGGGAAAUGUGCGGCUGGUAUCCGGAGUACUGGGAGUAUGUGAAAGCGCUGAACACCAUCACUAUUGGAGGUGAUUUCGGUGAUUGGUGGAGUUACUUGCCGGAUAACAUUGGUGUAUGGCCUAAGGAACAUGCAGUUGAUGUAAUGCUCAGCAGAUGGCAUGGUUGA